CACAGUGUUUCUCUUCGUGCAGUCGUGCAUACAGAGCGUCCCUAAUGGAGCAGAGCAGACGUCAGGAGUCAACUCACACAUCAGAAGUCAGCAGCUCUGGAGACGGACACGUUCUACUCGAUACUUUAACAGGUUGUUGGUUUAAUAACCCGACUAAAACCAGUAACUACAACCAGUUUACUGGAAGAGAACCCAGUGACGUCUAUGCCAGGGACUGAGAUGUCGUGGCGCUCGUCUUUCCGAUGCCCGAGGUUGCGUCACGUCUUCGUGAAGCAGGCGAGUCGAGAGCUGAGCUACACCGGCCUGCCAAUCACACGCUGCGUCCAUGACAACCACCACUGCUCGGCCAAUCCCUGCUUCCUCGCCGUGGUGACCGAGUGUGCAGGGGGCGGGUCCUUUCUGGUCCUGCCCAUCCAUCACACAGGGAGGGUGGACCCUCAGCACCCCCGGGUGUGUGGUCACAGUGGAAGAGUCCUGGACGUCAGAUGGAACCCGUUUGACGAUCACUGCAUCGCCUCGUGCUCCGAGGACUUUACCGUGAAGAUCUGGGACAUCCCCGUCUGUGGCGUCCAACAGAACUUAACCAAGGCCAGGAAGACUCUGAUUGGUCACUCCAGGAGGGUGGGGCUCAUUGAGUGGCAUCCAACAGCUGAAAACCUGCUGCUAAGCUCCGCCUACGACUACAAGGUCCUCCUGUGGGACGUGUCCCAGGCCGGAGCAGUGAUCAGACUGCCGGUCCGCGUGGUCCUAAUGCCCGUCCUCCACCGCUACCCGUCUGAGGCGCUGCUGCUCUCCGUGAGCUUCAACAGCGACGGCAGCCGCUUGGCGGUCUCGUCCAAAGACAGACGGGUUCGAGUCCUGGACCCGCGGACAGGGAAGAUUUUACAAGUUUCCAGAAACAAGUCCCACCGGGCCAGUAAGGUUCUUUACCUCCGAGGGUUGAAGAUGCUGCUGUCCACCGGCAGCUCGCCCUGGAACCACCGGCAGAUCGUCCUCUGGGACCCAGACGACUUGUCUCAGCCUCUGUACGAAGAGGACCUGGACGGUUCUGCCGGAGUCCUCUUCCCGUUCUACGACCCGGACACUCACAUGCUCUACUUGGCUGGAAAGGGCGACGGGAACAUCCGGUUCUACGAGCUGAGCGCAGAGAAGCCGUUCAUCAGCUUCCUCAGCGAGUUCCGGUCCCUGCUGCCACACAAAGGCCUCGGGGUGAUGCCCAAACGCGGCCUGGACGUGAGCCUCUGUGAGGUCUUCAGGUUCUAUCGUCUCAUCGCGGUCAAGGACCUGGUGGAGCCGCUGUCGCUGAUCGUCCCUCGCAAACAGUCGGGUGUUUUCCACGAGGACCUGUACCCGAUGACAGCAGGAAACCAGGCGGCCAUGACGGCUCAGGAGUGGCUGUCAGGGAUUGACAGGGGCCCUGUCCUGAUGUCCCUGAAGCCUGCGACUCGAGUCGCCAACCCCUACCCAGAAACCCCCGCUGAGAAGGGCGUGGCCAGGCAGCUGAGCAGCCUCAGGUUCCAGACGGGCCCAGAUGAAGAGGCUUUCCUCCAGGAGCAGCUGGCCUACCAGGACGCCAAAUACCCAAGAGACCUCAGCGACCUGUCGGGGUGGCAGCCGGACGAGACCCAGAUCCCGCUGUGGAUGUACUGCUGCACCCCCCACUGCCUGGAGCCUGCAGAGAGGCCGCCGCCCACCACCGAGAGCGAGGCGAGAAUGAACCAGAUCCACCAGAGAACUUCAACGUUUCCUUCUCAGUCACCAGAACCUUUCUGUUCUUGUUUUCAGCUCCUGCAAACGUUCUACAGGCAGCAGGACGAGAUCCGAGGCCUGAGGGACGGAGUGGACCAGAGAGACGUGAGAAUCGCUGAACUGGAGCUGGAGAUCAGAAACACCAGGAACAACAUGAGGGCGACUUUCUGAUUCCACCAAUCAGAGCUCACGCUGCCGAUUCCCCAACACAACACUAACACAUUGUGAACGUUAAUAGUUUUAAUACUGUUCUGCUUCCAGUCGGGUUCAUAAAGUUAGCAUCGUCUGGUCCAGGUAUAAACCCCAGAGUACUACAUCCAUAUGGAAGAAAUACAAUCCUGAAAAUUCAAGUAUAACAUUAUGAGUAUGAAAGUCGUAACCUUAUUAAAUCAAAGUUAUAAUUUUA